AUGAUCUCUCUCCUGACAUCGUUUCGCAAAGCGACGACAGCCCCGCUUCGCACGCACUCACGCGAAUGUUGGAUUCGUAUCUUCAGUGGAGUGCAUGCUUAGAAGAGCCUCGGGACGAAGACUCUCUACCGUCGCGGCAGGAGUAUCUGAAGCCAUACGGCAUCAUCAAUCACGCUUUCUAUCCGAAGGCAGAGGAGGUGGUGAUAGAAGAAGAGGAAAGUGACGACGACGAGGAAACAUCGGAAGAGGGAAGCUAUAACGAGUAUAGCGAGGGCAAGCAGAGCGAAGAAGAAGAAGAAGAAGAAACCGGGUCUGAGUGGGAAGCCUUGCCGGAGGAAGCGGCGCGUUCUGGCAAGGAGGCGGAAGAUCCUGAGGCAGCGCGUAAGCGGGAAGAAAUCGCCACCGGGAAACGCCAGCUGGAGUUCGCCAGCGGAGCAAGCGUGCGCAUCGGUGACGAUCCGACCAGGGAUCCGGAGCCGCCGAAGCCCGAAGAUGGGGACCCAGCAACCGCCACCCCAAGCACCUCACGGCGGAGACGGAGCCAGUUCUCCUCCCCCUCCAGCCCCACCCGUCCCCCUGUUCGUCCACAUACCGAUGCGGGGGAUAGGCCUUCGUCCCCGGACAUUAUCCCGCCGUCCCCUUGAUCACCUCACCCUCGAGCAGAUCCAUACCCCCGUCACCUUCCCCCGCCACCCCUUCCAUCCCCAUCUCUUCCGUGA